CUACUUGCAGAAUAACUUCAAAUAGUUUCUCUCUCUAGAAUACAAUUUUCAGUUAGCGGAAAAUGUCAGGUCGUGGCAAAGGAGGCAAGGGUUUGGGAAAGGGCGGAGCAAAACGACACCGUAAGGUCCUGAGGGAUAAUAUCCAGGGAAUCACCAAGCCAGCCAUCCGUCGUUUGGCUCGUAGGGGUGGAGUCAAGCGUAUCAGCGGGCUUAUCUACGAGGAGACACGUGGCGUCCUGAAGAUAUUUUUGGAGAAUGUUAUCCGUGACGCCGUCACAUACACCGAGCACGCUCGCCGGAAAACCGUGACCGCCAUGGAUGUGGUUUAUGCGCUGAAGAGGCAGGGACGUACUCUCUACGGAUUCGGCGGUUGAUUUUCUAGGGUUUUGGUGUAAAAUACACGCUGUAGUUGGAUUAGGUUCUUUUUAAUUCCGAUUGAUGAAGAUUUUGUUGUUUAAUUUUAGUGUAGUUAUCGUCGUUUGUUCUGAUCUUUCUCGGAUCGGAUUUCUCUUUGUUGAAUUGAAUGAAAUGAAAUUGUUGAAUUGCUGUUUGCCA